CUGCCCCAGACGGCCGCCAUCACUGCGGAAGUGACGGCACGCCGACAGCCGCGGGGCGGAAGUCACUCCGGGAAACCAUGACAACGCGGCUUGCCCGCGGGCGGUCACUACGCACAGCACGGGGGAAGCUAUCUUGGGGUGUGAUUGGCUGCUUGAGGCCCAAAAGGUGAGGCUAGAACGGUGCCGGCUCCGCUGAUUGGCGGGAGCCGGAUGGGCGCUGCCGGCGGGCUGAGGCGGCGGGCGGCAGGUGACGGCGGUGGCUCGGCCACGGCCCCGGCGGCGGCGGCGACGCCAGGCAGGGUGGCGGGGCUCGGGCCCCCGAAACCAUCACUCAUCGGUUUGUUUUUCUUCCAGGUGACGCGGCACCCCUCAGGCUGUGUAACUGCCCGACCCCUGUGCCUGCCGCCGCGGGCGAGGAGCUGGGGGCGACCCCGCGGGAUGGGGGGCCGGCGGCCGCUCUUAGCGCCGGGCUCACCGCACCGGGCGAAGCUGGGGGCUGGCCGCGGGGUGUUGGAAGAGGACGAGAAGGUGGCGGGUUUCAGGCGGGACGCGGCAGCCCUGCGUGACAAGCCGCGGGAAGUGCGCAGUCAUACAUCUGGUAAAAGGCAAUCCAGUUCUUUGAUUGACCUCACCUCGGACAGUACCUGGGAUCAGCAAAAGCUUCACUUGUUUCCUAAAUCCCGCUUGAGGCCAAAAAGCGCUUCAUCUCCCUGGAUUCCUUCCAUCACCAUCCCUCAGCCCUUUCAAAUGACACUGCGGGAAGCUUGCAAGAAGUCCCAGUUGAUGAAGUCCUACAGGUUUCUUGAAUUAGACAAUCAGAGAGACAAAAGGCAAAGCCAGGACGAAGCAGAAUGUCAGAAACAAUUCCGGGCACAGCCUGUACCUGCCCAUGUGUUUCUGCCUCUUUAUCAGGAAAUAAUGGAGCAGAAUGAGAUUCACAGGCAAACAGCAACACAGAAAAGAAAGGAGCUGCUACUUUCAUCCCAGCGGCCCUUCAGUUUCCUGGAGAAGGAGGAGAAAAAGAAAGAAGCUAUCAGACAGAAGUUCCUGGCAGCAGCAACCCCAAAGGAGAGCUCCAAACAGAAGCAAGCCUGUAAAAAAGUUCCUAAAUCUACUUACGAUCCACUUCUUGGAGACAAACUCAAAGAAGCUGAACUCUACAGAGAAAUCCGCAUUCAAAUGAGAGCCAAGGAUUUGCUUGAGAGCUCCGUAGCUCUUAUAGAUACUAGCAGCUCUCAGAGGGAGCCUCAGUCCCGAACUGCCACUAAAACCAAGCAAGAGAGACUUGGGUUCUUGCAGGACAAAAGUUUCAGCUUCAAGCCAAGGAUUAAUCCAACAAUACCGGAUUUUGAAGGACUUUACUGGGCAUUUCAGAGGGAAGCAGUAAGGAGACAAGAAAUCAAAGAGGCAACUCGUAAUAAGCCAUUCAAGCUAAGAACCUCCAACCUCCGUGGCAGGCGGAGGCAGGCUAAUGAAAAAAUAAAGGAUUCUCAGCAACUUUCCAAGGUUUCAGUGCCAAGAAGUCAUUCUCUGACUGGACUUCCCUCUCUCUGUUUGAACACCCUUCCAGUGCAUAUUACAGAUGCAACUAGAAAAAGGGAAUCUGCUAUUAGAUGCUCCCAAGAUAACAAAAAGGAAGGGGACAAAGAAGGAAUUUAUUGGCUGGAGAAACAGAAAAAGAAAUGUCAAGCUAUUCAAAAGUCAGUGAACAGCAGAGCAAAAGCCCUCGAUCCGCAUAAAAGUCUAGAGGAAACACACAAGGAGAAGUCGAAACAGAACUGGCAAAAUAUGAGAGCGAGAACAAAGGAAUACAGAAAGGAGCUGGAAGAAAUGCAGCUGCGAGUCAAGAACAGACCAUACCUCUUUGAACAGGUCACUAAGCAUGAUGCUCGUCAAGGAGCAGAGCGUCGCUACAGACACACCCUCCAGCAGGUUGGGCUAAGUGAAGAAUUUGUGAGGAAAAAAGGGAAAGACGCCACUGACUUGCUGGAAGAAGAAUCUGACAUCCACAGAGCACCCAAGCCUCGGAGUGAAAAGGACAACUGUACUGUACAGGAAGGGGAACCUCAAGAGGAACAGAAUAGACAGGAAAUGGCACCAUGAGAUCUAGCAGAAGAAUCCAUUGACCAUCUCUUGAUAUUUUAAUUCAAGAUUCUCCAGGUUAAUCCUCAGCAACUUUCUGAUUUAGGCUGACACCUAAGAAUUGCUCUGCGGUAAGCGAGAUGUGAGAACUUAGUAAAGGAGAAAAAGACCAACUGUUGUUUAGAGCAUGACUUGUCCAACGAAGCAAACUCUGCGGCCUUCCUUAGUCUUCACAAGUGUUCCCUGUGUGAGCCACUUCUCUUUCUUUACCAGGCAAAAAAGCAAGUUUAAAAAGUUGAAGCACUAUCUUUGGACAAAAGUGGAUACGAAAGAUUGAAGAGGUACAUACUCUAGUGUCAGCUCCUGUGUUCAUGCCACAGAAGCAUACAGAAAGGGGAGAAUGCCUUUCAGUGUGCUAAACCUUGGUUUAUACAAUGCAUUAGAAUGCUUAAAAAAAAAACAACAUCAGGAUUUGACCUACCUUGGGAGAAGACUCAGAGGGAAGUCCUCUGGUGUUAACUCUUCAGUCUGCUCUGCUCCUUCCCCCCAUGAAGAAGCAGCAAUAGUCUUUCUACAUUAUCUCCCAUACUUUGUGCUGUUGUUUUAUUUAAUUAUUAAACUGUUCUUAUCUCAACCCAUGAGCUUUACUCUUCUGAUUCUCUCCCCCAUUAUUUGAAACAUUUUUAACCUCUUACCAGUUUAGGUCAUUAAUUUAGCCUAAAAACCAACCAAAAUUAUGAAAAGGAUGUAAUUAAACUCGGGACUGCUGUUGUCCUCGUUCUACAGUUACUGUGAUAUCAAAGAUGGACUCUGGUGGAAGAAAGGUCAGGUAUUACCUGUCAGCAUGUUGCGCUCAAAUGGCUGGGGCAUCUUAAAUGGUAUCGUUCACACAUUAGUGGUCUUCCUUUUCCUGACAGUAAUAACAAUCUCAAAAAUACAAACCCUUAGCACCUGGAAUGUUUUCUGAGGAUUAUAAUAUCAAAGCACUUUGAGAUUAAAAGAUUUUUAAAUGGCUAUCAAUGUUUCUGCACUGUCCAUUUUUUUAAUCAGUCAUCUUUUCCUCACUUUUUAAAUGGAAGUUGUGUCUCUCCAUCUUCCUUACUUCAGUCCAUUUCUCCUUACACUGUAACAACAAAACCUCGUCAUCAAAUCAGAAAUACAGUACCUGUAAGAGCUACCACAUUAGAUAAAGAUAUAAAACCGAGAUCAUGAUAUUUUUGAUCAUAACAAAGUACUAGAUUCAAGAAUUUAUGGCCCCAGGGUUUCAGGCUGCUGUUCCACAGAGAUCAAUUCAUCCUGAUACAUAAUUGAAUGCACUGGGUUGCAGCAGUCCUCCCUACUGACCCAAAGAAUCUCCAACAAAUCUGAGUUUAGGCUUGUAUUUUUCCUUUUUUCCUCCUUUUCCAGUUGAAGAGCUUUCUACACAAUGCGUCUGCUGCAUGCUGUGUCACAGACUGAAAUGCAGCCCUUCACUAGAGAAAUUCCCAACAGGUUGGCACGGCUUCUUGCACUGUAGAGGCUUUCCACACUGAGAAGAGGCUUAAGCACCUGUGAGGGUUCAAGGCAGGCUGUUAUCAGUGUACCAGUUUCUACAUAGGUUUAAUUGUGUACGACACACAAAGGCUGUUCUUUCUCCUGUAUCCUCUAGAAAACAGCAGUGAUGUAAUCAUAUUGUCACUGUGCCUUGUCACAUUGAAAGAGGAAGGAAAGAAGUUGUCUUUCAUGGUGCAAGUCCGUGGUCUAAAGCCCAUUGGGCUUGUAUGGAUAUAUCUGGAGCAGUGGGAGGGAAAUUUUCAUACAUACAUUUUAAGAGGUAUUUACUAAAAUUGUUUGCUACUUUCCAUAGUAAUACAUGCUGGAAAAAGAAAUUUCCAAGUAUGUGAAGUGUAAAGGAAAAUCUUAAGAAAGGAGGAACAAAGGUUUGGCUUUAAAUUAAUAUAUGAUAUUAUGGCCAUAUCCCUUUAACAAAUACUAAGGUGACAUGCAUGAAUACAGUAACAGAUAAAUCCAAGUCUUAAUAUUGGUCAGAAAUUGCUGAAAUGGUGAUGAAAGUAAAAGCAUCAAACUAAGUAACUGAAACUCACUAGAACCUUUCUUGCUGAGAAGUGUUGUUCUGAAACUAGGAUUACCCUUCCACAAUCCUAAAAGAUUUGUAACCUCUUACUGUAUCUCAAAAAUGGCAUGGAAAUAAAGAAUUUUCACUUUUGCUCUGGA